UCUUCUGGUUCGCUUCGGCAGACUGGGGCUAACCGCCGCCGCCGCCCGUCAACUCAAAAGAGGAGGCUCGUCACUUUAACCUGGGACAUCUGUCUCUCCCUUCCCCCGCGCCCCGCUCCCUUAACCGGCAAGCGAGGGCUUGUUUUCUGCCCUCCCGCUCCUUCGCUCGCUCCCCUUCCUUCCGCCAAACGACCGAAGAAGGGAGAAGAGCAAGAAUAAAACAAGGGGAGGAAGGAAUUGAGGGGUUCCUCCGGUCGGAGCGUGGCUGCAACUGCCGCUGGCUUCCUCAGCCGGAUGACUCGUCGGCCGCCAAGUGAAGUGUUGAAGUCUUUCAACUUCUCCCAUGCCUACUGGCCGCGGGAAGCGCGGCGUCUCUCUCCCCAAAGCUAGUGAGGAGAACCAAAACGAUUGCCUCCGCCGCCGCCUCUUUCGCAAACGCUCGGUCUUCGCCCCGCUCGGCCGUCCCCUGCCCGGCCAUCGCAUCGCCGGUCCCGGAGCUCAGCACCAUGCAACUGAAGAUUGUUUGCUCGCUGCUGCUGCCACUGGCUGCAAGCUUACAAGCUGCCGCUGCUGCCGCCGCCAGAGUUUCCCCAGCAACUUCAGCACCUGCCUAUGAUAAAGCUUUGCAGCAAUCCAAAGCGGUUGCGGCGCCGGGAACGACUCGGCUCCUCCGACCUUUUCUCCGGGAGCAGCGACCUAGCGGGAUAGUAGAAAGCAUAGACCAGACCUAUGCCGGAGGAGGCAAGGUGGGUUACAUCCUCUACCUGGAUGAGAAGCGCUUCCUUUUAGAUCUGGAGAAGGACGCGUUGCUUGGAACCACCAAGCAGCUGCUCCAGGGCAAGGGCCACUGCUACUAUCGGGGCACGGUGGAUGGGAGUGCCCAGUCUCUGGCAGUCUUCAAUCUCUGUGGCGGCUUAGAUGGCUAUUUUGCAGUCAAGCAUGCCCGCUACACGGUGAAACCUUUGCUCCGAGGCAAAGGUAUAACAGAAGAGGAAAAGGCUUCUCACGACUGGAUCUAUGGAGAUGUGUCUGGUCAGAUACUCCAUCUCUUCUUCAGGGAUCAUUUCAGCUUUGAAACACUGCCUUCCCGCCCCAGCUGUGAGACUCAUGGUUCUUCCAGGACCCCACUUUUGGAUGAAAAGAAACUGGCCCAAGGGCAGGAGGAGAAACUGGGAAUAGAUCUGACCACCAGAAUGGCACUUUCCCCUAUCACUUUUGCACCUCCCGUGGACUCUAGAAAAAGAAGGAAACGCUCUAUCUCUAGAGCCAGACAGGUAGAACUUCUCUUGGUGGCUGAUGACUCCAUGACCAAAAAGUAUGGCAAAGGCCUCCAACACUACUUGCUCACCUUGGCCACCAUUGCUUCUCGGCUCUAUGGACAUGCCAGCAUUGAGAAUCACAUCCGCCUGGUGGUUGUGAAGGUCGUGGUGCUGGGGGACAAGGAGAAAGGUCUAGAGAUCACCAAGAAUGCAGCCACCACACUCAAAAACUUCUGCAAGUGGCAGCACCAGCACAAUCAAUUGGAUGAUGAUCAUGAUGAGCACUAUGAUGCUGCUGUUCUUUUCACCCGUGAGGAUUUAUGUGGGCAUCAUUCAUGUGAUACUCUGGGAAUGGCUGACGUUGGAACCAUAUGCUCUCCUGAACGCAGCUGUGCAGUGAUUGAAGAUGACGGCCUCCAUGCGGCUUUUACAGUGGCUCACGAAAUUGGGCACCUCCUUGGACUUUCCCAUGAUGACUCCAAAUUCUGUGAAGAGAACUUUGGUUCCAUGGAAGAUAAGAGACUUAUGUCUUCCAUCUUAACAAGCAUUGAUGCUUCCAAACCAUGGUCCAAAUGUACUUCAGUAACGAUAACAGAAUUUCUGGAUGAUGGGCACGGUAACUGUUUACUGGAUCAACCACGAAAACAUAUCUUAGGUCCCGAGGAGCUUCCAGGACAAACAUAUGAUGCCAUUCGCCAAUGCAAGCUGGCAUUUGGACCUGAAUACACAGUGUGUCCUGGAAUGGAUGUGUGCUCUCGUUUGUGGUGUGCCGUCGUUCGCCAAGGUCAAAUGGUGUGCUUGACCAAGAAGCUUCCUGCUGUGGAGGGGACACCAUGUGGAAAAGGAAGGAUCUGCCUACAAGGGAAAUGUGUUGAUAAGACAAAGAAAAAAUAUUAUUCGGCUUCAAACCAUGGCAACUGGGGAUCCUGGGGACCAUGGGGACAUUGCUCUCGUUCAUGUGGUGGAGGUGUCCAAUUCACCUAUCGGCACUGCAAUAACCCAGCACCUAGAAACAACGGUCGAUAUUGUACAGGAAAACGCGCUGUCUAUAGGUCCUGUAACAUCAUGCCCUGUCCUGCCAACGCUAAAGCUUUCCGCCAAGAACAAUGUGAAGCAAGAAAUGGUUACCAAUCAGAUGCAAAAGGUGUCAAAACUUUUGUAGAAUGGGUCCCAAAAUAUGCAGGAGUGCUCCCAGGAGAUGUUUGCAAGCUUACCUGCCGAGCUAAAGGAACUGGCUACUAUGUAGUUUUCUCUCAAAAGGUGACUGAUGGAACAGAAUGUAGGCCAUAUAGCAAUUCAGUAUGUGUCCGUGGAAAAUGUGUACGAACUGGAUGUGAUGGCAUUAUUGGUUCAAAACUCCAGUAUGAUAAGUGUGGGAUUUGUGGUGGAGACAAUUCCAGUUGCACAAAAAUUAUAGGACACUUUAAUAAAAAGAGUAAGGGCUAUACAGAUAUUGUUAAAAUACCAGAAGGAGCGACACACAUCAAAAUACGACAGUUCAAAACGAAAGACCACAGUAGAUUCACUGCUUACUUGGCUUUGAAAAAGAAAAAUGGUGAAUAUCUUGUCAAUGGAAAAUACAUGAUCUCAACUUCAGAGACCAUCAUUGACCUCAAUGGAACAGUUAUGAACUAUAGUGGCUGGAGUCACAAAGACGAUUUUUUGCAUGCCAUGGGACAUACAGGCACCAAGGAGAACUUGAUAGUACAGAUUCUUGCAACAGAUCCAACUACACCAGUGGAUGUCCGCUACAGUUUCUAUGUGCCAAAGAAGCAAACCCAAAUGACAAAUUCUGUCACUAACAACAGUAGUAACAAAAUUAGUCCAUCACUUGCUGAACCCCAGUGGAUAACUGGACCAUGGCUUUCUUGUUCUCGAACAUGUGAUACAGGGUGGCAUACAAGAACUGUCCAGUGUAAAGAUGGGAAUGGAAAAUUAGCUAAAGGCUGUCUUCUGUCUCAAAGACCUUCAGCAUUCAAACAAUGUUUAUUUAAAAAAUGUUAACCUGUGGUUACCGACUUCUUCAAAAGGAGUCUUCUUGAAUCUUAUUUGGCAUAUUGACGUAAGAUCUACCCAGAAACAAAAGGAAGACAAUGCAUCAAUAUUCUCUCAUAUUCUUGGCAAUUGUUCUUGGCAGGACAUGCCUAUUUGGACCAAAAGGAGAUAUGAGCUGGUCCUAUGAGGUGAUCUCAAUAUGUCAAAAGCACUAAGUGUUAGCUGUUACGAGCCCUUUGUAUCUGCAAAUAAGAGGAUAAGCCAGUGGAGAAGUUAUAAUGGGAUAUCCAGUUACAGAAUCAUCUCCCUUUUCUCACCUACCUCUAACAUAGGAUGUCUUUAGACACUUGUCAAAAUUACCCAUGAUUCUACAAUAGCUUCUUUUAUACUAUUUGUAAAUAUCUUUGCUUUGGUAUGUCACUUUAUAUCACUUGAUUUUCUUACAACGAACAGCAGCCUUUAUGUUUAACACAAGUGAUUGACCAAAGUACUAGUACGCCUGCAGCCACUGUUGACUCAUAUGCCUUUCUUUAAAAAAAAAGUGGCUGUUAGUAUUUUACUGGAAAACUAAGAGGUUGCUGCUUUAAAGAAAAAAAGUAAUAUCUUUCUGACAACAGGAAAUACAUUUCUAUUCUAAAAAUUUCCUGACAAUAGAAUUUAUUCUAUAUUAAUGCCUUUCUGAUGAGGAAUUUUUAUAGGCACAGUCUGCAGCAGUAGAAAAGGAAAAAAGGCUGCCAGUAUGAUGCUUUAAAAUUUGAAAAAGAAAUGUAUUUUAUUUUAUCCAUGUAGAACAAGAGUCCUCAACCCCCGGGCUGUGUCUCAUUCAGAACCAGGCCACGGAAGUGUGCCUGCUGUUCAUGUGGAACCAUCCUUUCCCCCACUACCUUGUCCACAAAGCCGGAGAGGUUGGAAACCGCCCAUUUAGAACACUGUACCUCAGAAAUUAUCAAACUAAUGAAAGAUGUGCCACAAAUAGAGAUAGAAGGAAUUCAUUACGUGGGAACAGCACACAUAAUAUAAUGGAGAAGCCUCCCCCAAUUGCCACGUUUAGGAUAUGACUAAAUCCAGACUGGAUGAAGCUAGAGUCUAAAGUUCUUGGGGCAUUAGCUUUCUGUUGUCUCCCUUUCUGCUACUUCCUUUUCAUCUCUAUUUUUACUACCUCUUUCCGUAUCUGCCACUUCUUUCCCUCUCCUUUUUCAUCUCGCAGUUGCUAUGGGAGAGGCAGAUGACUCUUGUUAGAGAUCUGUACUAACUGUUGACACAUUUAUUUUGAAAGCAGUCUGAAAUUGCAUGUGGGUUACUCAUCCCCAAUAUAUGGAAAGGGGAAAUUUUGGUGAGACACUGGGUCAUGCCAUAAGUGUCUUCCAGCUCAGAUUUAUGAAAUCUGUUCACCUCUGUUUUCCCUAUUAGUUUUGAAGUGGUUCCUACUGGAAAUCUAACAGCGUGCCAUGAAUUUGGCCUGUAGGGAAGAAUUUUACUGUGGUUAAGCAAAAACAUUGGGGUUUUUUCAUGAAGCAAUUUUUUGUCUAGUUCUUUUGAUAUUUGGCUGAAUGUUACCAAGCACCACAGUCCAAAGUUUUGCACCUGCUCAGAUUGGGUACAUAUCUUAUGUGCACAAACUGCCCCAUAAUUUCAAGGACGAUACAUAACCUUUGGCACAUGUAUAUCAGCUUCUUCAGUGAAAUGAAUUGGGUGUUCAUUCAGCAGCACUUCAAAAAUUACCUACACCUGAAUAAAUGGGGAGAAUCCAUGAAAUAUUUUUGUUGUUUUCAAAUCAUAGAUGUAUUUAUUUUUUAAGUCAUUACAUAUUUUUUUAGAUAAGGCUUUAGUUUCUACCUACUUUGGGGAGUAAACUUUAUUGAAUUUAGAAGUAAUUGAAUUACUUAUAGAUAAAAGUUUUAAUUGUAAAACUGAAGUCCUAAAAGUACUUAUUAGGGAGUAAUAAACAAAAUGAGAAUUUUCAGAUUGAACAUCUAUAGGAUUGCACUGGAAAGAUCAAAAGAAAAUAAAGCCAUAUUUAGUUUUGGGAGCUGUAGCUUACUCUCAUAAGAUUAUUUUCAGAAAGAAAAGUCUAUUUUUACCAACUAUAGGGAAAUGAAUUUCCAGUUAGAAAAGUAAUAUAAAUACCUCAUUUGAAUCAAGAUAAAUUAAUUGACAUUUAAUAUAUAGUAUUUGGCUGAAAUAUUAAAAUAUAGAAAACAGAGAUGGUAUCUUUGUUACCAGUGCCUUCCAUUAUAUUUUGAGUACAGACAAAUCAAGCUGCUUUAAUUUCCAAUGGAAUUUCAUUACAAAUUUCAUUGGAGCCAUAAAUAUAUAUAUUAAAUAUUGAAUUUUUAUGAACAUUACAAUCUAAAACCAUUGCACUUAAAUAAUUGCUUCUAUCACCAGCUUUUAAUAUUGCUGUGGAUGGAAUGCAUCAUUUUAAGAAUUUGUUUUCUGAGGCAAUGAUUUUUAGGGGGAAGAAAUCUGACUAUUUGUUUAACCUACCUUGUUAUAAAAGCCCUGUUUACAUGAGUGAAGCCUACAGCUUUGAGAUUUCAUGAUUCCACACAAACAUUUUAGAUUAGUAAUAGAGUUAUCACAAUUUACAAAUAAAUAAACUGACUGAAUUAGAUGCAAUUAUCCAUGAUACAAAACAGUUGCAGUUUCAUAUCUUCAGGCCAUCAAGUGAUAUAAGAUUCCAAUUUCUCAGUGCACCAUAGGAACCUACACGUUUGGUUUCUAGAAAAUAUCUCUAAUUGUAAUGAAAUACAAUUCUAUACUAUUAGUUAAGAGAAUGUCACUAGGAAUGCACAUAUUAAGGCAGAUAUUUCAGAAUAUUCUCAUCAAAAGCAAUGCAAUGUACAUGAACAUUACGUUUUAUGUACAUUUAGAUGAGUAACUGCAUAUAUAAUUUGUAUACAUUUCUGAAUCACAGAUCCACAAAGGCACAAAAUUUUAUAGAGUUCUUCUCUGGAUUGUGCUAUAAAACAAUAGUUUUAUCUGUUUUGGCUUAAGAAAAAUAUUCAACCAUACCAUACGCAGGUUUGUAAGUGAAAAUACACUUUUGUGUUGAGAAAAUAUGCAGUGUUUUCUUUAACUUUCUCAGAAUUCAGCCAAUUUCUAUUAUUAUUAUUAUUAGUAUGUAAUAGAGAAAAGGCAGUACAACGUAAAAACAUAAACAAUGGUCCCAAUUCAGCUCCAAGUUUCAAAAUUUAUUCUUUUAAUAAUUAAGAAUAAAUUUCAUUUCAUACUAUGUUCAUAUUCUAUUCUUAUUUCAGCAUUUCCUGAAAUUCCUUGUCACUAGAUUUUGUCAUUAUAUACACAUGCACACAAACAAAUAUACUGUAUAUACAUACAUGUAUACAUAGAUAAAUACCUACAUGGAGUUGUAACAGUAAAGUGAUUUUCUCCUGUGCUUGAGGUUUUCACCUAACAACAAUCAUCACAUUGUCAGCCAGGAAAGAGUAAUCAAUGGAAGAAUCUUUGAAGUUGAUAGGAUGCACUCAGAUAGCAGUCUACGUUACGUAGCAUGUGUAAGUAAGAUAGAUAGUUUUAAAUAAAAGCAUGAGAAAAAUUGAGUUUCAGUUCUUUACUAUAUCAUGACUAGAAUUGUAUUAACAUGUGAGAGUGGUUGUAAAUUUUGGCAAGCAGUAAGUUGAAAAAUUAAACUGAUGUGUAUAUUUCAGCUUUUUCCCAUAGACCUGCACUUUCCUCUACUUCUGUUUUUGUUUCAUCUUCACAUCCCCUACACUACUUUGUCUGUUUGUAAAUGUGACGCUGGUGCAAAUUGUAUUAUCUUAUAGUCUAGAGACUAAUUUGGAAUUAGGCUAUUUUCAAGGACUCCGAUCUAGUUACUACUCAAUUAUUCUGUUUUUCUGAAAAUCUUAUCAGCUAAAUUAGAUUAAAUUGAAUACUAAAGUCUCAGUUUAUUACCAGAUUUUGAUCAUUGGUAAGACCCUUCUCUGUGUUCCUGAACAGUCACCUAAGCCAUAAAGUAUGUAUUUACAGUACCUAAAUGUAAGUGCUAAAACCCAAAUCAUGGGUUCUUU